CAGAGAAUUAAAUAGAAAAACAUCACAUUAUGAAAGAAUAAUUAUGAAAUUUAUUCUAAAUAAAUUGUAUACCUAAAAAAUCAAACGAGGCCAAGGUACUAAUUUGGGAGAUAAUGUGGACUGGUGCCGUGAACAAAACCCUGUGCACAGACUGAAAGCCACAAAAACGGUGGCUGGAACAAAACCCUGCGGACAGACUGAAAGUCACAAAAAUGCCGUCGUUUCCUCCGGUAGGCUCAGUCAGCAUUUGCGAAAUCAAUCGGGACCUCAUUACCGCCGAUGAAAUUUCCGACGAUCGUGCCAAGGAAACAUAUGGAAAACUUCUUGGAGUAGUAUUCAAACCGAUUCCUUUUCAAUUUGAGAAUCUCUGUGUUGGUGAGCUGAGCAAUGAUCCAUGCUCGGAAGAGCAGAGAAGUGGUUUGCUUUGGGCAGCACUGAAAGCUGUGUCCACUGGUGUGCUUAAGCAGAUUUUUCAUGCAGUUGAUGUAAAAUUGUUACCAGACAUUGAUUUUUGUGGAGUAAAUUGGCACCAACAUAAACAUAUUUUAGCAUUUAUUUCUGGAACUCACCAAGUGACUGUUUGUAAUUAUGAGGAUUCAGAUGGAAAAAAUCCUUGUAUUUUGAUCAAUGAAUCUCAAAAGGAUGUUAAAUGUCUUGAGUGGAGACCAAAUGGUGGGAGGACACUUUCUGUUGCUUGCAAAGGCGGAAUAUGCAUCUGGGCAUCUUCAUAUCCUGGCAAUGCAGCUUCGGUGAGAUCUGGAGUUACCUUGGGCACUCUUUCUAGAGGUUCUGGUACUAGAUGGACUCUUGUGGAUUUCCUACGGAGUUACGAAGAUGAACAAGUUAGUGCACUGUCAUGGAGCCCAACUGGAAGAUAUCCAAGCCAUAUCAUUUUAAUCAUUGUCAUGUAUUAGAUGUUCCUUUUGAUGACAUAAAGUGCUCCUUUUCUUUUUAUAUUCCUGGUUGCUUUUAGAUUACUUUUUGACAAUGUCUUAGCUUCAGGUAAAUAAAAAAACCAUCCCAGUAUAUGUCAUAGUUUUAGGUAAAUAAUGGAAAAAAAUCAAAAUUGCCCUGAGUGUUAAAACCACCCUAGUGUAUAUCCUUUUCCUCUCUUCCAAAAAUCCUGUUUGUUUUUGUAAAGAAUAAUUAGGAGUUUACCCUUUUUUUUGAGGCAGGGGCCUAUAGGAAACAACCUCUCCACCCUUCACAGGGAGAGGUAAGGUGCAUGUACUAGUACAAAAUACCCUAGUGUAUAUCCUGCAACAUCAUAUAUCGGUGCAUUUCAAUUUGCUUUGUGUGGAAUGAUAAAAUCACAUGUCUUGCCUUCCUUAACUAAACAUAACAUAUUUGGCAUCAGCUUCCUUUGAGAGUCCUUCGUUCACCAUAUGGGAUGUUGCUCAAGGAGUUGGCACACCCAUACGGCGUGGCUUAGGGGGAAUAUCAUUGCUCAAAUGGUCCCCAUCUGGAGAUUAUUUUUUUGCUGCAAAAUUUGAUGGGACAUUUUAUCUCUGGGAGACAAACACAUGGACUUCAGAACCAUGGUCCUCAACAAAUGGUUUUGUCACGGGAGCAGCAUGGGAUCCUGAUGGUAGUAAGAUACUUAUAGCAUUUUCGGGUUCCUCAACAUUAGGUUCCAUUCACUUUGCCACUAAACCUCCAUCACUGGAUGCACAUCUCAUACCUGUUGAGUUGCCAGAGAUACAAUCUCUGACUGAAAGUCAAGGGGUUGAGAGGAUAGCAUGGGAUGCCUCAGGAGAGCGUCUAGCUGUAUCAUACAAAGACGGGGAAGAACAAGUGAAAGGUCUUAUAGCCAUUUAUGAUGUCAAGAGAACUCCUCUGAUAUCAGCUUCAUUGAUAGGUUUUAUUAGAGGCCCUGGAGAAAACCCCAAGCCAUCCUCAUUUUCAUUUCACAACAAGUUUAAGCAGGGGCCACUGCUUUCAGUGUGUUGGAGCACCGGGAUUUGUGCCACAUAUCCACUCAUUUUUCGUUCACAUGUUCUUCCAUAAUCAAAAGGUAAUGGAGUUUUACUUGAACUGGAUCAUAUGAAUGUGCCAUUUGAAGUUUCCCAUAUGGAGAUGUCGAAGCAAAAUGGACAUUUUGCUAUUUUGGCAUCUCGAGCAGAUAACUACUCGCCACCCGGAAGAUAUCUUACACAGUUUUGUGUUUAUGCAACUGGAAAUCGAUAGUGAGAGGAGACGACUCUUCAGUGCUAUGCUACCAAUUGCACUGGCCUAAUGUCAUAAGAGACUUUGGUUUUUCACAGGACAAGAUUUAUUAUCCUUAUUUUUCUUAUAUUUUGUGCAAAGUACUAAAAUGAAGUCAGCAAUGGAGGAAGACUACUUUUGAUUACUUUAUACUCAUCAAAAGUCGUCAUUAGAUCAAGGUAGGAUUGAACAUGUUGCCCGUUAGGGGUGGACUCGACUUUGAUGGACCC